AUGGCUGCGCCUCGAUCCAGCGCGAAUUCACAAUCACAUGCGGGCGCCGGCCCUCGUCUGGCGCCCGGGGCUCCCGGAGCUUCGCCGCAGCCGCUGUUGCAGCUUCCACCGAAAGCACGACUCUAUCUGCCAUCGGGGCUGCACUAUCUGCUGUCGCGCAUCCUCGCCGCCGCAUCGCGCCUCUCGUUCUCCACGGACGUGCGCGAGAACCUCGACCGCUUCCGCGCCUGGUCGCCAAGCAAGACCGAACGCUUCAAGUACGGAUUCCUCCUCUUCAUCGCGCUCUUCUCGCUCUAUGUCAUGGAGAGCCCCGCGUUCCCCUUCAAGCUCAUCAUCCCGGCGCUCUACAUCAUCACGCUGCUCCUGCCCGUCACCUCGCAGUUCUUUUUGCCCGCGGCACCCAUCUUUGCCUGGCUGAUCCUCUUCUACUCGUGCAAGUUCAUCCCCGCGCCGCUCCGUCCGCACAUCUGGGUGUCGGUGCUGCCUACGCUCGAAACCAUCUGGUACGGCGACAACAUUUCGAGCAUCCUCACCAAGUUCAGCCAUCCCAUCCUCGACAUCCUCGCAUGGAUCCCCUACGGCAUCGUCCACUUUGCCGCCCCCUUCUUUGUCGCCGCCUUCCUCUUCGUCUUUGCACCCCCUUCCUCGGUCAAGGUGUUUGCGCAGGCGUUCGGAUUCAUGAUGCUCACGGGAGUCAUCAUCCAGAUCCUCUUUCCCUGCGCUCCGCCCUGGUACGAGCUGCGCGAAGGCCUCGUCCCCGCCAACUACGGCAUGCGCGGAUCGCCCGCCGGCCUCGCACGAAUCGACGAGCUCUUCCACUCGCAUGGGUACACGCUCACCUUCACCGCCGCGCCCGUCGUGUUCGGCGCCUUCCCUUCGCUCCAUGCGGGCAACGCCACUAUCCUGGCGCUUUUCUGCUCCUACUUUUUCCCCGUCGCCAUCAAGAUCGGCCGUCUCCGCCUCGACGCCCGUGUGCUCUACUGGCUCUACACCUUCUGGCUUUGCUGGUCCACGAUGCGUCUCAUCCAUCAUUAUGAAGUGGAUUUGGUAGCCGGCGCCUGCCUCGCCACGUUCUACUUUUACUUUUUCCUCACCGACGAAAUUCGCGAAGCCAUGGAGCAACGCUAUCCGUACCGCAACUCGGCAGCUGCUCCACCAAGCGCAGCGCCGCCGAGCAACCGGCCCGAUCUCGCCUUCGCGUCGAGGCCAUCAGCGGAGGACAGCAUUGCGCUCGGAGCCGUUCGCUCCAAUGGCGGCGCACCCUACAUCACCGCACAGGGCGGCGUGGCCGGCGAUGUCGAGUCGCAAAAGCGUCCCGAGGUCAUCUUUUCCAUCGACGACUCGGCGGCGGAUGCGGGAGACAUCGCCGGCACUUCGGCGGACGAGGACAAGCGCAAACGCGAGGCGGCGGCUCUGCUCGCACGCACAAAGUCGCCCGUCCAGCGCGUACGCUCGCCGGCCGUCCACUCGAAACAGAACGAGGAGUCGUAA